GUCUGUUUUUUCACUGGUGUUUCAUCUAUGAACUGUAUUCUAACAUUUCUCUCUUUUGUUUCAGGUGAACUAAGAUGGGCAAUCGUAAAAACAAGCGUGUAACCAAAAAGACAAGGGACUUGGAAGAGGUGUUAGAAGAGAACAUUGCUCAAGGACAUGCGGCAGAUAUAGAGACUGAAGAAGCUGGUCAUGAUUUACUGAAUGGAGCUGGUAAUGAUGUAGUUAAUGAAGCUGGUAAUGAUGUAGGUACUGGAGCUGCAGGUAGCCUGAAUGAAGAAGAUGAGUUAGAAGAGAACUCUGAAGAACAGGCGGCAGAUGAGGAGAAUGAAGAAUUUGGUAAUGAUGUAGUUAAUGGAGAUGAUGAGCAAACACAGAAUGUGCCUGAAGAACAGGCGGCAGAUGAUGAUAUAGUUGCUGAACCAAAGCGUAAAAAGCAACGAGGACCAACGAAGAUGAAACACAUCGCCAAGGAUCCAAAUGAAAAGCAACAUGUUGACUUCACUGAUAUGGGAGAACAUUGUGGCCCAGGGUCAGUGCUGUUAUCAUCAUACUUGGGUCCGUUAGUACGGGAACAUGUUCCUGUCAUAAUCGACACUUGGAAAAAAGUUGGUGAAGAUAUCAAAACUGUUCUGUGGAAAUCUAUUGAGGUAAGCUAUAAUUAAAUUAUCCACAUUUUAAGUUUAACUUGCCUCACAUUAGUAAUUGUUUUUUCUUUUCCUGGUGCAUUUGAAUGAAGGCAAGGUUUGACAUUGACGAAGACUAUAAGAAGAAUGCUGUGUUUAAGCAGAUGGGAUGUCUCUGGAGAGCCUCCAAAUCACGUCCGGUGAGCAAGGUUAGGAAAGAUAGAACCAUGAAAGAUAGGAUGAGUCUGCGACCGAAUAAUGUACCUCCAACAGCAUGGCGUCUCUUUGUCAAAGCCAAGACUAGUAACGCCUUCAAGGUAUUCACUUAGUUGUCUUUGUUUAUUGGCCUGUAGAAUACUCACUUUUUUUUUCAUUCUAAUUCAGGUUGUAAGUGAUUCAUUUAAGGCAAGAAGGAAGAAGCAGAUACCUCACACUUGUGGGCGUAAAGGAAUGGUCAGAUUGAGAGAAGAAUUGGUAAAGAGUAGCUCAGAACCAUCUAAGAUCACAAGGCUAAAAGUUUGGGUCAAGUCGCGUACUAGGAAGGAUGGUACGCCUGUAAAUAUUACUGCUGCUGAAAAGAUUGUAAGUAUUGACUUUACCUAUCAGUAUGAUUUUAGAAAUUGGAUAUCCUGCUUGGUCCACCUUAUGAUCUGUAAUUGUGUUUGCAGCAAAAGGCAAAAGAGAUAGACACUGAAAGUCUUAAUGAUUCAACGACAACGAAUCCAAAGGAAGAUAUGCUUACACAGAUUUUGGGACCUGAUAAUCCUGGAAGAUUGAGAGCAAUGGGUAGAGGUAUGAGCUUGACAAAAUUGGCUUGUUUCCAAGUCAAGAGCAAAUGUAUGGCUGCAAUGGAAGAAAAGCAGAUUCGUUUGCAGAAAAAGGUUCAUGAGUUAGAGCAGAUCUUAUUACAGAGACAAGGGUCUGACAUCGGUGAAAACUCGAUUCAUAGAAGUGUAAACACCAAAUCACUUCCCAAGUGUUAUUUGGUUGACUGGUCCUGUCCUGAUGAGAAUGUCGCUGAGGGACGUGUUGUUUCUUAUGAUGAGGAUGAGUUGGUGAAUGGAAUUCCUUUAGGGCCUAACUCUGUCAAGGUUUUAGUUGAAUUAGUUGCUAAACCAGAAGCAUUUCUCUGGAGACCUGCACCUGACAUGUUUACUCUUGAGGAUGCACUUGGCGAAAUGGUUGCAUGGGAUGCUGAUUACUGUAUUGUUCCAACUGAUGGUAGUAUACCAGAAGACAUAGCACCUAAGGUUAAGUUUCUUAACUUUUGUUAUUUGUAGAUGCUCUUUAUCUAUAUCUGAGUCUUUGAUAAUUAUUUUUUCUUUUCAUUGUUUGGUACAUUUGAAUUUCGCAGAGCCCUGGCACAAGUAUAAGGAACAAAUGCAAACUCAUGGAUUAUAGUACGAAUGAUCAAGUGAUCGCUGAAGGUCGAUUUCAGACUCGAGAACCUAAAGCGUUGGUAAAUGGACUUCCUCUUGGUCCAAAUGCAAUGAAGGUAUAUGUGGAUGUGGUAGUAAACCCUAAGGCAUAUCUAUGGAGGCCUACAGUUAACAUGAGAAAUGUGGAGGAUUCUUUGAACUGUUUUGUAGCAUGGCCUGCAAAUAGAGUUGUGAUGGAGACAACUCCAGAAUCUCCUCCUCUUCAACCAUCUACAUCUAAAGCAUCAAGUACAGGUUAUCAGAAUGAGAAGUCUCCAGUAACUCCAAAAGCUCCUGUAAAGAAACCAGCAACAACUUUGAAA